CGCCGAGGAUGCGUGCAGCUGCUGCGCACGCUGAUCGAGCGCCGCGCCGCGCCGCGCCGCGCCGCCGCUCCCCCGUCCCGAGCCCGUUCCCUCCUCACCGAAGCAGAGAGAUCAUCUCCGCAGACGCGACAACAAUGGGAAGACUGGACGCGUGCGGCGGCUCCCGCUCCGUCUUACUAUAAUUCACACCGUCGCACUUGGCUUUAUUCCCGGCGAAAAUGGCGACGGGAGCAGGCUGGCAGCCUCCGUAUAACACCUCGACGAGCAACAGCAAAUACACCCAGUCCCCGACAGGGUCCGGCAUGUUUUACGACGGGAGCUUAACGCUGGAAUACACCCCAGACCUGCAUCUGAAGAUGAGCAAGAAGAUAGCCCAGCUAACAAAGGUAAUUUAUGCGCUCAACACCAAGAACGACGAACACGAAGAGGAAAUCGAGUCUCUGAAAGAAGCUCAUGAGGAUGAGGUCCAACACAUAGUGACAGAAACCAGAGACAAAAUCAUGCAGUACAAGAGCAAAAUGGCGGACGAAGCGGACCUGCGGCGGCGGCUGGCCAGUCUGGAGGAAUCUGUGGAACUGCACGACCACAUGAAGAGACAGGCCUUGGCAGAGUUCGAGAUGUACAGGCAGAGGAUGGAGGACUCGCAGCUCUGCACCGAGGCCCAGCAUACGCAGAGAGUGGUUUCCAUGAGCAGAGAGGUGGAAGAGAUGCGCCGCGAUUUUGAGGAGAAGCUUCGGGUGUUCAGCCAGGCUCAGGCCCAGUUUGAGGCAGAUAAGCGGCGCGCGCUGGACGAGCUGAGGGCCACCCACCGACACGAGGUGGAGGAGCUCCGCAACAACCAGCAGAACCACACCGCCACCUCUGCCGAGGACCAGGAGAAACUGGCCGAGCUGCAUAGACAAGAGGUGGAGGCUUUGAUGGAGAGGGUGGAGGAGCUGACGAAGGAUAAAGUCCGUCUGGUGGAGGAGUACGAGGCCAAGCUGGCCAAGGCUCAGGAGUAUUAUGAGCGCGAGCUGGAGGCCAUGAGGCGGACGCACCAGCUGACCACAGAGAACCUGCUGGCUUGGAAAAGGACGGAGGUGGAGCUGCGGAAGGAGUUCCAGGCUCAGGAGGCGGCGCUGCAGCGAUCGCUGUCCAAGUUGAGGAGCGAGCUGCAGAAAGCUCAGGAGGAGGCCCGGGAGAACCGGGACAAGACCAACAGGCUGCAGACAUCGCUGGCCAACGCAGAGGGAACCAUUAAGAAUCUGCACAAGCAGCUGGAAGAAGCCAUCCAGGAUGGAGAAAUCUGGGUGAUGCAGCUGAAGGACACCGAGUAUGAACUGGAGAGCAGCAGGGAACGGGUGCAGCAGCAGGCCACAGAAAUCCUCCACAAAGCCAGUCAGAUUGGUUCGUUGCAGGCCACCCAGAUGGCUCAUGAGGCGACCAUCAGGAACCUGGACCAGGAGCAGAGUCGCCUCAAGGAGAAGAUCGGACGGCUGGAGGAGGAGAGGGAGGCCCUGCUGAACCAGAGCCAGGCCGCCAGCGACCAGCACAAGCAGCAGGUGCUCAAACUGGAGCAGUCUCUUCGGGAGGAGCAUCAGGGCUAUGAGAAGGAGCUCUCCAGGCUGAGGGCUCACUACGAGGAGGAGACGCUGCGCUUUAAGGAGGCUCAGGUCCGAGCGCUGGAGGAGCUGGAGGAGAAGCACCGGGCGCUGAGGGAGGAGGCCCAGCAGGAGAAGGAGGAUGAGAAGAAACUCCUUGUUACGAAAAUGAGUCAGGAGUUUGAGAUUAAACGUCUGUCCUUAGAGGAGCAGAGAGAUCGCGUCCAGCAACAACUGGACAACUUGAAAGAGGAGCUCACGGCCAAACUCAACAUGGCCAAUCAGGAGGUGUCCCACAUGCAGGAAAUCGUGCGGGAGGGAGAGCAGAACCUGAAUUCGGCUCAGACGCAGAUAAGCUGCCUGAAGGAAACCCAGGAGAAGCUCCGGAUAGAGCUGGACGCAACCAGAGGCCGCGUGCGAGAGACCAGCAACCUGCUCACUGACCUGCAGGAGGAGAUUGAGACCCAGAAGCAGCAGCAUGAUGCCAGGGUGAUGGCCAUCCGCACGGAGGAGAAACAGAAGAUCGACAAGAUGGCAGACGACUUGGAUCAGAAGUGGAGAGAUGCUCUGCGGGAGGAAGUGCGUUUGUUGAAGGAGGAGCUGAGCGAGGAGUACGAUGCCGACAAACAGGCGGCUCUCAAUCAGCUUUCCCAACAGAAGGAGCUGGAGCUGAUGGCGUCACGAGAAGCCUGGCAGAGGAAAGUGGAAGAUCUGCUGGAGCAGAUAUCACUCCUGAAACAGUCCCUGGAGCUCCAGCUGUCACAGUCUCAGUCUGCUCUCCAGCAGCUGCAGUCUCAGUUCAACCAGGAGAGGGAGCUGCUGAGCCAACAGCUUAAAGAGAUGCAGAGGGAGCAUCAGAGGAGGGAACAUCGGUUACAGGAGGCCCACUGCUGCGCCCUCAGCACCAUGGAGGAGGCCCGACAGCACCAGAUCAGAGCCCUGGAGGAGCGUCUGAAGCAGGAGCAGAGGGAGGAGGUCCACGCUCUGAAGGAGGCCCACAGGAGAACGCUGGAAAUCCUCCGCCAGCAGUCAGAGCAGGAGCUGCAGACGCUCAGAUUCGAACUGGAGGACGAGGGGAAAGCGAAGCUGGCAUCUCUCCGAGCAGAACUGAACCACCUCCACGCCACGGCCAUCGAGCACCUGAAGCAGAUCCACCUCAAAGAAAACAGCGCAGCUAAGAGGGAACUGGAGAAGGCGAUGGAGCACAGCCACCAGCAGGAGCAAGAACUCCUGGUUCGCAUCUCCGACCUGCAGGGCGAGCUGUGUUCCCGUAGCAACCGCAUCACCGAUCUGGACCACGAAAUCCACUCUCUUAACGAGACUAUCGACACUCUGACCAGAGAGCUGGAGAUAAAGGGCAAAGAGGUGCUGCGAGUUCGCAGCGAAGCCAAACACCAGAUAAGAGCGCAUGAACAGGACCUCAUAAAGAGGCACGACAGGGAUCUGGAUGAGCUGAAAGUGGUUCAUCACAGAGAGGCGCAGAUUAUGCUGGCUGACUUCAACAAGGCCCAGGAGGUUCUCAAAGACAAGAUUUCUGCUCUGCAAAUCCUGUUGGAGGGUACGGAGGAGAAGUUGAGAAACAGAGAAAGCCGACCGGAAGAUCUGCAUCUCAUCGCAGAGCUCAGAGAGAUGGUGACCGAAAGAGAAGCUCUGGUUAAGAAACUCGUUGAUGACAAGAAGUUCUACCAGCUGGAGUUGGUGAACAGAGAGACGGGCUUCAACAAGGUCUUCAAUUCCAGUGCCAACGUUGGUGUCAUCAACCCUCUGAUCAAGUCAAAAGCAGGCAGCCAAUCAGAUCAGCGCCUCACCAGCUUCCCUAGCCAUUCAGCUCUCCGAUUCGUCAGCCCUCCCACCAUGAGCCACGAAGGCCAGGAGGAAGUGGGGCGGGAGGAAGGGGAGGUAGGACCAGGAGGCCGCUUUGCGCUUCCUCACUCCCCCCUCCAGAGGUCCCUCCCGAGAUAUAAGAAAGCCCUGCCACUGUUCAGCCCUCUUCCUCCUCCUUCUUCUUCUCCUCUACCUCAACAUCCUCUUCCUCAUCCCCCACACCAUCCCAUGCCGAGCCUCGCUCCUCCUCAUGCUCCUCAGGAUCCCCUCGCGCAGCAUCAGGGCCUGCAGAGCUGUGGGAGCCUUCCUGAAGCCGGCGUUCCCACACCGUCGGACUCGAGAGGGAUCGAGGCAGAAAAAGUCAAAGAACAUGUCCCGAAAGAGGAAGACUUGUACUCGCUGUACUUCUCUUUCUGACUGGCAAAAAAAAAAACACCCAGUUAUGUCAAAAAAUUUAAAUAAAGUAAUGGGACAGGGAGCUAAAGUGUGACGCAGUGAUUCGAGUCGCUUGAUGGGUUGAGAUAGCAGACAUCCGGUCCUCAUAUGAGCAUUUCACGUUUCCAUUCUGAUUUUUUUUCACCUUUGGGUUUCCGUACAUGUUGAGCGUGACAAGGAGCAGAGCCUCAUCAUUAUUGACAGCUCGUGAAUUUAACAAGAAGGAAACCAGAUGAUUAUCUUCACUUUAUUUAAAAGUACUUUUAAAAUUUUUAUCUUGCAUUAAAUUAGAAUAAACUUUUAGUUGUUUUAAAAGUUUAACACAUUUGAGCCCAAAACGCACUGAUCUCUGGGACACAGAAGCGUUUCCUUCUUUGACAAACCGUUGACAGCUCCACGCCACAAAAACCAAAAUCUUCCCUUCAUCUGCUCAUCAAAGUUCAGGUGAUUUGUUCUUUUUUUGGCAAUUGUCAUUUCAACAAUAGAUUCUUUGAUCAUCCUGGAGCUGAUUAUUAAUUUUGCCUUUGUCACUUAAUCGACUGGCAAACAGACAAAACAGUUUGGUUGUUUUUUCUGUUUGAAAGCAUUUCAGGUGAUGUUCAGACCCAUUUUAUUCUACACGUCCAGCGUUUAUUGCCUUCAUCCUUAAGUCCUUUUAAGGAUUUUUAAAAGAAACGAUUGAACAAAAUCAGCUGCUUUCGCCUCAAGACGGAGUCUGUUGGUUUUCUAUUAUUCUACUUCACCUAGUAAAACUAUUUUUCAUGUAGAAAGCAGUGAUCGAUCUGUUUCUUGUUUUUAACUCGGAUCCGUCUGCCUCCGUGCUCAUGUGUGUUUCUGACUUCAUCAUUCACGUUGGUUCUGGUUGUGCUUUUUGGCCUCUGCAGUAAAAACUACACCAGCAAACAAACAAAGGAAGAGCCUCACUUCAGCCCGCUGUCCCAGUGCUUUGCCUGUGUACAUACAGUACAUGUGUGAAGGUCGUUUUCAAACGUCAGAGUUGACCGAGGGGCACUCGGUUUUCGCUUUCAGUUUUCGCUUUCCCCGUAUUUUUGUUUGCGCUAUUUGUAACGUAUGAACACUGUUUUUCCUGUGGUCUGUUUGUUGCGCCACAGGACCAGAGAUGUAAAGGAAGAGUUCUGCCUCUUUUUUAUUAUUAUUAUUAUUAUUAUUUUUGUUAUUUAACGCCAAGGAGGGUUUAGUCCAAGUCUAACGACAAGCGUCAGCGUUUGGCGUCCGGGUCUGAACUCCUCUGCUGCAUGUCUCUGGCUGUGCAGACAGACCACAGAGCAUGUGAAAACAGACACACUCAUGCUGCUCUCAUUCACUUGAAAUGCUCAUGUCUUCUCAGUGUACCGUCCCAUUUUUCUUUCUUUUUUUUAUUCUUUUCAAACUCGAAGAUUUACGUAGACAUCGUGCUGGACUCCAUUCAGAAAUCUGUACAGUUUUUUCCAAGCUGCAUGCUCAUCUUCAACCUAAAAGAGGCUCGGUUUGUCCUCGGAAAGAGUCCGAUGUCUUCCUUUACAGAGCAAGUAGACGCUGCAGGAAGUGUUUGAAGUAAUACCAACUAAAUCAGAAAAUCUGCUAAUUUAAAGGCCGUCUGAUUAGACUCUUAAUUUGAUGUUUCACUGAAUGAUUUAGCACCCUCCAUGUUUUGUGGCGCUCCCAUUCUUAAUAAUUACUCCAACCAUCUGAAAGUAGCGUAGCACUCAGGCUGAAAAACCAAAUCAUGUUUCUUAGCGUUAAAUAGAUUUUCGAUUUAAACAGUCUUGAAUUUUCCCCACUUAAGAAGUGCAGCUCAUGGUUUUUCUACUUUUUUGACGUCUUAAAGUGUUUACACAUCUUUACUAGAGGUGCCAAUAAAAAAACCCCAAAAGACAGAGGGUGCAGUCUAAAUUUUUCCGAGUCUAAUUCAACACUUCCUGAAACACUAAACAUCACAGAGGACCCAAAAAUGUGUCCUGUGUCACGAAUGAAGCAUCCAGUCUCUAAAGUUGUGCUGAAUGUGCUAAACCUGGUGAAAUUGUAAAUACUUCUAUGUAAAAAUGAAGGAAACAAGGAGAGUUCAGAGGAUCUUAACGCGAUUGAGGUCCAGAUACACUGAACCACAGCUGGUUCAUUGCUCCAUGCACACUGUGAACUUUAGAUUAAUUUAAUGACUAUAUAAAAUAUGGGCAUUUUAUCUUAGAUAUCUGCACUGUAAUGUGCAGGAGUCCUUAAUUUUUUAGCUUAAUAUUUUAUCUCACAACAGUUUUUGCUUUUAAUUUUCCUCCUGAAGCUCCUAUUAUGAAUGGUUAAAGGACCAUUGCGAUAUUUGUAACUCGUUUUCAAACCGUUAUACUCAAUGUUUUAAGAUGUUGUUUAUUUUAUUGUAUUUUUUUACUCUGUUAUUUAUUCAUUGUUUCAAAAGUUUACAGAACUUAAAUCAAUAGGCUUGUUUAACUGAACUGAAAGUGGUCUGAAGUUAACAUGAAGCUCAUAAUUGCAUAUCUGUCAUGCCCUUUUUGAAGUAAACACAUUGCAGUUAUAACAAUAUUUAUAUUUAUAUCACUUCUGUUGUAUGUUAUGGAACAAUAAAACACUGAUUGUGAGAAAUUAA